AUGUUGGCGGGCGGCAAGAAGGGCGCGGAGGUGGCGGCGGGCGGCGAGGCCGGGCCAGAGGCGCCGGUGCCCCCGCCCGCCGCCGCCGGGGCCCUGGGCUCCUCUUCGGAUAGCGGCGGGGCUUCGGAGCGCACGCCCCGCAAGAAGGAGCCGCCGCGGGCCUCGCCUCCGGGCGGUGUGUCCGAGCCGUCGGCCGUCGGGGCCACCCCUGCGCCCGGCGCCGAAACCACCGGCAUCGCCGAGACCCCCGAGGGCCGCAGGACCAGCCGCCGCAAGCGAGCCAAAGUCGAGUAUAGAGAGAUGGAUGAGAGUCUUGCAAACCUAUCAGAAGAUGAAUAUUACUCUGAAGAAGAGAGAAAUGCUAAAGCUGAGAAAGAGAAGAAACUACCCCCACCACCUCCACCAGCUCCUGCAGAAGAAGAGAAUGAAAGUGAGCCAGAGGAGCCAUCUGGGCAGGCAGGAGGACUUCAAGACGACAGUUCUGGAGGGUAUGGAGACGGCCAAGCAUCAGGUGUGGAGGGUGCAGCUUUCCAGAGCAGACUUCCACAUGACCGAAUGACAUCCCAAGAAGCUGCCUGCUUCCCUGAUAUCAUCAGUGGGCCACAGCAGACUCAGAAGGUGUUUCUGUACAUCAGGAACCGCACUCUGCAGCUCUGGUUGGACAACCCAAAGAUUCAGCUGACAUUUGAAGCAACAAUCCAACAGUUGGAAGCACCUUAUAACAGUGACACAGUGCUCGUUCACAGGGUUCACAGCUACCUGGAACGUCAUGGGCUGAUUAACUUUGGGAUCUACAAAAGAGUGAAGCCCCUUCCAACCAAGAAGACAGGAAAGGUGAUCAUUAUUGGUUCUGGAGUCUCUGGGUUGGCAGCAGCUCGCCAGUUGCAGAGUUUUGGAAUGGAUGUCACAGUUCUGGAAGCCAGAGACCGAGUAGGAGGCAGAGUUGCCACAUUUCGCAAAGGGAAUUAUGUUGCUGAUCUGGGAGCAAUGGUGGUAACAGGACUUGGAGGAAAUCCCAUGGCUGUGGUCAGCAAACAAGUAAAUAUGGAAUUAGCAAAGAUCAAACAAAAAUGUCCACUUUAUGAAGCAAAUGGACAAGCUGUUCCCAAAGAGAAAGAUGAAAUGGUGGAGCAAGAAUUUAAUCGUCUGCUGGAAGCCACAUCCUAUCUCAGUCAUCAGCUGGAUUUUAAUGUCCUCAAUAAUAAGCCUGUCUCCCUAGGUCAGGCUCUGGAGGUUGUCAUACAAUUGCAGGAGAAGCAUGUGAAGGAUGAGCAGAUUGAGCACUGGAAAAAAAUUGUGAAAACGCAGGAGGAACUGAAAGAUCUUCUUAACAAGAUGGUGAAUUUAAAGGAAAAGAUUAAAGAACUUCAUCAGCAGUAUAAGGAAGCAUCAGAAGUGAAGCCACCCCGGGAUAUUACAGCAGAGUUCCUUGUGAAAAGCAAGCACAGAGAUCUGACUGCUCUUUGCAAGGAAUAUGAUGAAUUGGCAGAAACACAAGGAAAACUGGAAGAGAAAUUACAAGAACUUGAAGCCAACCCACCAAGUGAUGUUUAUUUGUCAUCAAGAGACAGGCAAAUACUUGACUGGCAUUUUGCAAACCUAGAAUUUGCUAAUGCUACACCCCUUUCUACACUUUCACUGAAGCACUGGGACCAGGAUGAUGACUUUGAAUUCACAGGCAGUCACUUGACUGUGAGGAAUGGAUAUUCCUGUGUGCCAGUGGCCUUGGCAGAAGGUUUGGAUAUUAAAUUAAACACAGCAGUUCGACAGGUUCGCUACACAGCAUCAGGCUGUGAAGUGAUAGCUGUGAAUACCCGAUCUACAAGCCAGACCUUCAUUUAUAAAUGUGAUGCUGUGCUGUGCACUCUGCCCCUGGGAGUGCUGAAACAGCAGCCUCCAGCAGUUCAGUUCGUGCCACCUCUCCCUGAGUGGAAAACUUCUGCCGUGCAGAGGAUGGGAUUUGGCAACCUGAACAAGGUUGUGUUGUGUUUUGAUCGUGUUUUCUGGGAUCCAAGUGUCAAUUUGUUUGGCCAUGUUGGGAGCACUACUGCAAGCAGAGGAGAACUUUUCCUCUUUUGGAACCUGUACAAAGCACCGAUUUUGUUGGCCUUGGUAGCAGGAGAGGCAGCAGGGAUCAUGGAGAAUAUCAGUGAUGAUGUCAUUGUUGGUCGGUGCCUUGCCAUUCUCAAAGGCAUUUUUGGCAGCAGUGCUGUGCCCCAGCCUAAGGAGACCGUGGUGUCCCGCUGGCGUGCUGACCCCUGGGCCAGGGGCUCCUACUCCUAUGUAGCUGCUGGCUCCUCUGGAAAUGACUAUGACCUGAUGGCUCAGCCAAUCACUCCAGGACCAGCCAUUCCAGGUGCUCCACAGCCCAUCCCUCGGUUGUUCUUCGCGGGCGAGCACACGAUCCGCAAUUACCCGGCCACGGUGCACGGGGCGCUGCUGAGCGGGCUGCGGGAGGCCGGCCGCAUCGCAGACCAGUUCCUGGGGGCCAUGUACACCCUGCCCCGCCAGCCCACGCCGGGAGUGCCCCCACAGCAGGCCACCAGCAUGUGA